GAAUCAGACAGGUGGCUGCACAGUAACAAUGAAUAAGGUCAAAAAUGGCAAAUAAAGGAAUGCAGGUACUGUUAACAGUAUAUCAAGUUACAAUUAUUAUACACACUAGCAUUACCACCCCAUUUUUUUGGCUGACUGUUGCAAAUCGAGGAAACACUUUUACUAGAAGUGAUGUCUAAUCUCACAGUCAAAGCUUUGAAGACAGAAACAGGAGUAACAGACUAUCAAUUGAAACAAAAAUGUCAGGAUGAACACUUACGAAAAAUUUCACAACAUGUCGGAAAUCGCCAUGAUUUUGCUGCUAAAUUUGGCUUGCUCCCUGCUCUCAUAGCUGGGAUUCAAAUUGAUCCCUCAUUGUCGUUUGCCCAAAAAACACAGAAAGUGUUAAUGUGGUGGAGAGAUAAUAACGACAAUGCUACUUACUUGAAGUUUGUGCAAGUUUGCCUUGAGCUUGGCAAUGGGAGCGUGGCAAGUAAAAUGUGUGAAAUUUGUAAAGAGGGUGUCAAAGAUCUACCAUUUCCUGAAGCGACAACACUAGGUACCGAAGUCAAAGAGAUUCCACCCGCAAGCACUCUGCCAAAGACAGAGGGGAUGCAGAUGUUUUGCACCACUGAUGAUGAAAAAGUGGAGCAGGUUGACCCAGCUGAUGCCUCCAACAUCCCAACAGAUGCUCAGGGUGGGGUGGCACGAUACCACUUGUUGUGGGAUGUGAAGCAAGUUCCAGAGCUGAAAGUUCAUUUUUUGAACCCUGAAAUUCUCACGAAAGAUAAUUGGACAUGUGGGCAUAGCCAUGAUCAACUGACAGCCAACAAUGUGCUUGACUGGGCCACUGUCUGGAAUAACCGUGCUGACAACUACCCACAGAUUGCUGAUGAGCUAGCAACAAGAGAAACAGCUCAUAUCCGUGUGGAAUUUACCAGUGACAAGAAAGUGAUAUCAUGGUCAAAGGUCGGAAGUGCAGCAUUGAAUACUGGCCGAAACGACCCAACAAUGGUGCUGAACUUACAUGGCAUGGCAAAAGCUGAACAGAGAAGCAUGGUGAUUCAUGAGUUUGGCCAUGUUCUGGGACUGGAUCACGAGCAUCAGCGAUCCGACUUCUGGGAUGUGCUGGAAUCAAAAGAUGAAUAUGAAGAAUAUCGAUUUAUUAUUGGGAGAAGGCGAAUGAAAAGUGGAGAUGGUGGGCAUUGCAAGAGAGCUUGUGAUGCAGUGUUCCGAGGAAAGCUGAAUCUGCCACAUGAAAGUGAAAAGUCUGAUUACGACCCAGCCAGCAUCAUGCACUAUUGGUUUGACAAAAACUGGUUGUUGCCGGAGUAUCGAAAGCGUUCAGACGUGGUCAAUGUUAGGGAUGAGCGAGAGAGGAAGGUGCUGUUGGGAGUUCAUGACCGUGACUACUCCAAUGGGAAUCUGGCAAAACAGCCAUCCAGGCUGGACUAUGAAACAUUGAAUAAGGCCUACAGUAACAAGGCGAAUUCUUGCCGCUCAUGUGCUGGAUCCAGCCAAUGCAAUGGGAACUCUUGUCCGUGCUUCCACGAGGAAAAAUCUUGCACUCCAAAAUGUCACUGCAUACUAGACUCGUGUCGAAAUCCAAAUAAUGGCUUGCAUGAUGGCCAAAAGGUACUCCAAACUGGAGCUGCUGCUGGUCCUCCAACCACUACCCAGUACCUGACAAAGCCUGCAGAUCAAACUGAAGCGACUGCAGCUCAGUUAAGUAAAGAGUGCUCAGAUGACGCUCUUCUCCAGUUGUCUUCCAAGAUUGCCGACUAUGACGGUUUCAAACUCUGGCUGGGCCUCAGUGAGGCUGAAAUUGACGCUAUUGAUCGGACAAUUGCUACUAUUCCAGGGAGAUUUUUUGCUGCUCUGAAGAAAUGGAAAGGUAAAGGCAUUCUUAACUCGAUGGCUACUUACGGUCGAUUAGUGGAAAUUGCUAGGAAGAAAGAUGACGGAUAUGCAUUUCGGAGUAUUCACAAGGCCUGUAUCGAGCAUACAAGCCCCUGAGAGGGUAUCCAAGAAAUGCAGUGGACAUUCUUAUUUAGCUAGCUUUAUUUGCAUUUUCUUCAUUUAAGUAAGUACAGUUGUGCUGAAAGUUUUAUAGUUUCAUGCAGUGAUAUAAUUAUCACCUGUAAGUAUUAGUUAUUGUC